AGCAGCAGGCUGAUGGAGAACUACACCUACAACAGUCUCAUUCUGCAGGUGGAGGGGUUUAAGAUCACAGAGGACUCCAWGUACCUGGUGUUUUCCUUUCUUCUUGUUUCCUAUGUUAUAAAUAUGUUUAUGAACAUGAGUAUUUUGAUUCUGAUUAUGGUUGAUAAGAACCUCCAUCAGCCCAUGUACGUGCUGUUCUGCAGCCUGACGGUCAAUGACAUGAUUGGAUCUUGUYACGUUUUACCUCGUUUGCUGUCAGACAUGUUGAAGCCUCCGGCUGAGCGCCUCAUCCAUUACCAUGAGUGUGUGGUUCAGGCGUUCAUCACUCACUAUAAUGGUGCCACAUCUCACACAGUCCUCAUGAUCAUGGCCUUUGACCGAUACAUGGCCAUCUGCAAACCUCUGCACUAUUCUUCAGUYAUGACCAGUAAAAUGAUGGUCAAGCUGAYGGUUUCUGCCUGGGGGGUACCGCUGGUUCUGGUUGGGAUUCUGGUGGGUCUAAGUGUCCGUCUGAGCCGGUGCCGGGCUGUGAUAGAGAACAUAAACUGUGACAAUGCCUCGUUGUUUAAGCUUUCGUGUGAAAGUGUGGUGAUUAAUAACGUGUACGGGCUGGCCUACACUGUGGUUCUGCAGACAGCCUCUGUAGGCAGCAUAGUUCUGACCUACAUUCACAUCAUGGCCGUCUGUCUGACCMRGAAGAACAAGUCCCUGAACAAGAAGGCAUUAAAGACCUGCAGCACUCACCUGGUGGUGUACYUAAUCAUGGCAUGUACUGGAUUUACUGUCAUUACUCUCCAUCGGUUCCCUCAAUACUCAGAAUACAGGAAGUUCUUUGUGGUCGUGUUUAUCAUUGUUCCUGGAACCCUCAACCCAAUAAUCUAUGGUGUACAGUCCAAAGAGAUUAAUAAAUUCUUGUUUAAAUUAUUUAAAUCAAAGACGUGCUUUCCCACAAAAAAAGGUAAAUAG